UGUCCGUUUGUAUGCUCCGUAACGGACACGAGCAGGGUGAUACUGAGCCUAUCUCACCUGGAGCUGAUUCCCGUGAAUCAACCCAGCUCGUUCCAUAUGGGCGUUGCUGGGGGUGGCGCUGCAGAAUUGGCAGUCGCCGUGAGAGGACCGAUCGGAGAACUUCCUGUAAAAGUUACCGGUGAUAUACACUCCGGGUUCACGGCGGAAUUCACGCCGAACCAAGUCGGAGCCCACCAAAUUAACGUGGAUUAUAACGGAAGGCCCGUACAAGGAACGCCGUUCAUAGCGAAAGCCUUCGACUCGACCCGUGUGACCGUCGGACACGUGGCCAGAGGAACGGUGGGACGACCGGUAACCUUCUCUGUAGAUGCGAGCGAAGCGGGAGAAGGAAAUUUGGAAAUUACCAUUUCCGCCCGAGGGUUGAACAUACCCACACAAGUGCACCCUCAGGGCAAUGCGAAAUUCGCCGUGAGCUUCGUGCCGGCAGAAGCAUGCGAUCACGUAGUUAAUGUAGCCUUCAACAAGAGGCCCGUAGUUGGGUGUCCUCUGAUCGUGGGAGUUGGAGGAGGCGGUGCUGGACCAAGCGUCACGCUGCCGGGUCCCGGACCCGUGCACAGACCCAGCACACUUCUAAUUAAUCAUCCGGGACGAUUAGAAGACAUUGAAGUCAAUGUUGAGGGACACAGACGUCUGUUGUAUUAGACACGUCUCUAUAUUAUCCCUCUAUUCCACUAUUCUCUCUACUAACAUGUUACUCGAAUUUUACUAAUUUUAUUGUUGUUUUUUAUGAAUCUAAUAUAGUUUUUUUUAUCCUAAUAUUGCCUGCGAAACAUCAAAACUUUUAUACAUAUGUUUAUUUCCUUUGGAAUGUACUCCUUUGCUUAACCCAUUUGUCUCUUCAUAUAAAUCAUUGUAUGAUUAUGAUUUUUAUAAUGCUUUUGGCUGUUUAGUGUAUUCUACUUCUAUUAUUCUCGUAUUGCUACUUGUAUUUCUUACAAUUCGACCAUAAAUCUAAAACUUAUAUAUUAGAAUUCAGUUUUUCUAACCAUAAACCUUUCUAGCUUAUAUGUGACAUCUAGUCUAUAUAUAAAUUCUUUAGUUAAGAGGUUUA